GGGAGGGGUUUGGGUCGAACCCGAGGUUCUUUUGAAAACAAGUUUCUUGUUUUCCUCAGGGUCAGAAGUAGAUUUCCUCGUUGAAACAUCCUUUUUUUUAGUAGUUGAAAAGAAACCGUAGCCUAAACUUGUAGUGCACUGGCCCUUCUCUGAUUUAAAGUUGACUCGUUUAUUAUUGGUUUGUUUAUUAUCUGUUAUUUUUAACCAAGAGUGUUGCCCAGCUUCCCCCUUCCGCCGUAAUCGGAGAUACUACGUAUCUCUCUCGACCUUCAAAACGUUCUUGUUGACAGUGUAAAAGCCAACGCUAGUGUCACUGUUUACGAACAAACUAUUGAACGUAAACUACAGCGCAAUACAAGUUUGAGUGCUUCGCAAAAACGUACGUGUGCUAAACAUUUGCAGCUACUUACCAUCCAAUCUUUAGACAUUGUGAUUUCAAAUUAAUAGUUCGAAACAGGGAAGGUUAUAGAAAAAGAAUCCUCCAAGGUUGGAAAUCUAGCUUCGUCACACUUGGUUGCGUUUACAAGAUGGACAUGAACCAACUCAACGAUGAGCAGAAAGCUGUUUUCAAGCAGUUUCGCGCGUCGGUUCAAGAUUGCCAAUUACCGGAAUCGGACGACACUUAUCUUUUGAGAUGGCUAGUUGCUCGUAAUUUCGAUUUGGCAAAAGCUGAAAACAUGCUCCGUAAUUCUUUGGAUUGGCGCCGAAAAUAUAAGGUUGACUUAUUGAAUGACGGCUAUCAAUCGCCGGAAGUGUUGACCAAAUACUUUGCUGCUGGGCAUUUGGGUGUGGACAAGUUUAAAAGUAACUUGCUACUUAUCCGAUACGGAAUGAUAGACAUCAAAGGGGUGUUGCUUUCGUCCAAGAAGAAAGACUAUGUAAUGCACGUAGUCCAAAUAGUCGAGAAAACUUUAGCAAUGUUUAGAAAGGAUCCAAUGAAGUACAAGCGUUCACCCGAUGCCAUUUCUCAGGCAUCUGUUAUUGUAGACUUGGAAGGGUUCUCCAUGAAUCACGUGACAUUUAAACCCGCGCUGGAUACGGCCAUUCAGUUGGUCCAGAUGUACGAAUCCAACUAUCCGGAAUUGCUCCGGCGUGUUUUUAUAAUUAAUGCGCCAAAGAUUUUUUCAAUUCUCUAUUCCAUUGUGCUACCUUUUAUGCACGAACGAACGAGGAAUAAAAUUCAAAUCUUCAGUCACGAUGCAAAACAGUGGAAGGCGGCCCUUUUGGCAGACAUUGAUCCCGAUCAGCUUCCUGCUUCUUACGGAGGAACUAUGACCGAUCCUGAUGGAAACCCAAACUGCAUAACUAAGGUGAAUAUGGGCGGAGUAGUUCCCAACUCGUAUUAUUUCAACUGCAAGCCAGAUACUAGAAAUAAGAAGCCUUUGUCGAUCUCAAGGGGAUCGAAAGAACAGCUGGAAUUUCAAGUUAAUCAAGCUGCCACUGUCCUAAGGUGGGAUUUCCAUUCGGAAGAUAGCGAUAUCGCUUUUGCCGUGUAUCGCAAACAAGGAAGCGAAUUGAUUCCGGUGGUCCCAUACGAUCGCGUGGAUUGCGACUUGUCGGCUGAGGAGGGAGCAAUUGAUUGUUAUGACACCGGUGUCUAUAUCGUGGAAUUCGACAACAGUUUCAGUUACUUCCGCUCAAAGAAGAUUUGGUAUUCCAUUACGAUUGAAUAGUAAAAGACAACAGUGGAAUUUUGACAUGGAUUUGAUAUAAUCCCUUAGAAUUUUAU